CUGUACAUGCUCUUGGUAUUUACUUCCGUUUUGCAGAAAUGGCGGGUCUCGCAGCCGCAAUGGACAAUGAUCUGGAAGAUGGCGAGAUUUCUGGCUCAAACUCUGAUUCAGAAAUGGGAACUACACUUAAUGAUCGAUCCCAGAUGCCUGAACCUACAGUUUUCAGUGGCCAGUCUUUCCAGUCCAGGGCCGUGCCACAGUCAACCCAAUCAGUGACAAGCUACCGUAACAUCAUAAGAACAGCAGACUCCAGCGAUAGUGACCAUGAUUCUGACGAGGAUGCGUCGCUGUGGAGGAGGAAACGUCAGAAGUGCUCUAACGCUCCACCACCCGCAACUUUUGCCGCCGGGCGCGUAGGUACCCAGGUACAGCCUAGUGCCCCGGGAGGCCGCAAAGUCAAUAACAUCUGGGGCUCCAUAGUCCAAGAGCAAAGCCAGGAAGCAGUGGCAGCAGAGCUCUGUAUUCUUGGGAUGGAGGGCAGUGUUAGCAUGGCAAGCAGAGACGUGGAGACCUAUAACUACGUUUUGGCUCGAAAGCUUAUGGAUAAAGAGAGGGAGCUUGAGGAACUACAGCAGAAUCAGGGUGAGGUCUCCAUGUUGAAUGCUCAGCUGGAUGAGUAUAUGAAGACCCGGGGGGAGUCAGAGAGUGGAGGUGGCCAUUCUAAGAGGAAGCGCUCAGCGAAAGAGCGACUGGGCCCUAGAGCAGAGAUGGACAUCAAAGGCCGAUAUGAGAUCACGGAGGAUGACCCGGAAGAUAGGGUCAUAGAUGAGAUUUCAUACAGGCUUCAAGAGCCCAAAAGGGAAUUAAUAGAGCGUGUUGUUAGUGUCAUUGGAAAGAAGAAAGCAAUAGAACUUCUUGGAGAGACCGCAACACUUGAGGAAAAUGGUGGUGUAUACACUAUGGAUGGCAGCAGGCGACGAACCCCAGGUGGGGUAUACCUCAACUUGCUCAAGAACACCCCCAGCAUCCUCAGUGAGCAGAUUAAGGAAAUAUUCUUUGAUGAAAACCAGAAAGAACAGAAGAGUAAAAAAUCUGCCCAAAAGAGAAGGCGACAUGUGGUGGCCAAAAAGAUGAAGCAGGCCAUCAACACACUGAACAUGCAGGACCAUGAUGAUGUCUCCAGAGAGACUUUUGCAAGUGAUACCAAUGAAGCCUUGGAGUCUCUCGAGGAGGUUGCUGAAGAGGACCAACCAGAACCUGCCCAGGGAACUGAGGAGACACCGGUAGUCUACAACUCCACUGACCUUGAGGUUUUUUGAGCCAAAGGAACUUGUGCUUGUUGGACUAAGAACAUUUCAUGAAACUGGAUGAGAGAUAAAUGAUGAUGUUUAGAUAAAGGACUGAAAGCACUGUAAAUUACUGUUCUCGCCUGUGUUGCAGUACUAUUAGUACUAAGUACCUGCUUUCCUUGUCUAAUAGCUUCUAAGUUGAAGACAAAAACUAGGAAUUGCUCAUUAAUAUUAUUAUAUUUGUAUCUUAAAAUGCAUCCUGAAAUGCAGCGGUUUUCUUUUUUGGGGGGGGGCGGGCGAAUAUAUAAUUUUGCCCCCAUAGUAUACAUGUAAGAUACAUAUUUGGAAGUAUCCUACUUUUAUUGCAAAAACACAUGGCCAUGUCCAAAGAAAUAUAGAACUGCUUGCUACUUGCCACUGUGUAUUAGCAAAUGUCAGCUUUAUGCAAGUUUCUCUUAGACCAAUCUUCAGUGUUUGAGAUACCAUUCAUUCCCCCCCCCCCCCCCUUUAGGUUUGACCUUAUGUCUUGAAUUGUGUAGAAAUGCAUGCAUCUAGGGGAGGCUAAAAGUAAGAGUGUAGUUCAUUGCAUUUCCUAAUAUGUGUGGUGUUUGUUACAUUGAGCCACAGAAGUGCACUAGUGUCUAAAUGAGAAGCCAUUAACACUUUGUGGACAUUUAAUCCGUCUUAACUACACAUUCCUGGCUAAAUAUCACAGAAUGGACAAUUGCUCAAAAAUAAACUUUUAUUUCCACCUAU